CGAGGCGCGCGCAGAGCAGAGCAGGCGGAGCGGGCCGGCCGGGGCGGAGCGGAGAGGUCCGCAGAGAAGCCCCUCCCGGCCUCGGCCGACCCCGGCCCCCGGCCCGGCUCUAUGGACAGGAGCUCGCUGCUGCAGCUCAUCCAGGAGCAGCAGCUGGACCCUGAGAACACAGGCUUCAUUGGAGCGGACACCUUUGCUGGUCUGGUGCACAGCCAUGAGCUGCCCCUCGAUCCUGCCAAGUUGGACAUGCUGGUGGCCCUGGCCCAGAGCAACGAGCGGGGCCAGGUCUGCUACCAGGAGCUGGUGGACCUGAUCAGCAGCAAGCGCUCCAGCAGCUUCAAGCGGGCCAUUGCUAACGGACAGCGGGCACUGCCCCGGGACGGGCCGCUGGAUGAGCCGGGCCUGGGUGUCUACAAGCGGUUUGUGCGCUACGUGGCCUAUGAGAUCCUGCCCUGUGAGGUGGACCGCCGCUGGUAUUUCUACCGGCACCGCAGCUGCCCACCCCCUGUGUUCAUGGCCUCUGUCACCCUUGCCCAGAUCAUCGUGUUCCUGUGCUAUGGGGCGCACUUCAACAAGUGGGUGCUGCAGACCUACCACCCCGAGUACAUGAAGAGCCCCCUGGUGUACCACCCUGGGCACCGUGCUCGCGCCUGGCGCUUCCUCACCUACAUGUUCAUGCAUGUCGGCCUGGAGCAGCUGGGGUUCAACGCCCUCCUGCAGCUGAUGAUUGGAGUGCCCUUGGAGAUGGUGCACGGCCUGCUCCGAAUCAGCCUGCUCUACCUGGCAGGUGUGCUGGCAGGCUCCCUGACUGUCUCCAUCACUGACAUGCGGGCCCCUGUGGUGGGGGGCUCUGGUGGGGUCUAUGCCCUGUGCUCAGCACACCUGGCCAACGUUGUCAUGAACUGGGCUGGGAUGAGGUGUCCCUACAAGCUGCUGCGGAUGGUGCUGGCCCUGGUGUGCAUGAGCUCCGAGGUGGGCCGGGCUGUGUGGCUGCGCUUCUCCCCACCACUGCCUGCCUCGGGCCCACAACCCAGCUUCAUGGCGCACCUGGCUGGUGCGGUGGUAGGGGUGAGCAUGGGCCUCACCAUCCUGCGCAGCUACGAGGAGCGCCUGCAGGACCAGUGCGGCUGGUGGGUGGUGCUGCUUGCCUAUGGCACCUUCCUGCUCUUCGCCAUCUUCUGGAACAUCUUUGCCUACGACCUGCUGGGCGCCCAUAUCCCCCCACCGCCCUGACCCGCUCCCCGCAGCCACAUGGGCUGGGACGUGGCAUGCAGUGGUCUGGCCACCAGGUGGGCCUGCAUGCCUACCCUAUGAGAAUGGACUUCUCAGGGCUGCCUCUCCCUGUGGGAGCAGGUGGGCCCCGUGGUCCACCCAGUUGAGGCCAGGCUUUAGUGCAGCCCUGGCUGCCCCCUCCCAGGCUUGGGGGGGAGGGCUGCUGGGCCAGAGCUGGGUAGACAUCUUUGAAAGUGGCCCCGGAGGAGAGCCCUGUCCCCACCCCUAAGACUUGCAGUCUGAGCCUUUUUGGAGAAUGAAUAAAUAUUUUACAUGGCACUAGGUAGCUGUCCUGGGGCUCUAGAGGCUUGUUUGCUCACCCCCUCCAAUAUGACAGAUCUCUACCCUCCAGGAGGGCCUG